AUGGCAACAAAACUUGCAUUCACAAAUCUCGACGUCUUCACUUCGACGCGCUUUCUCGGCAAUCCACUGGCGAUCGUCCGGAUUCCCAGCGAUCUCGAAGGUGGUCUAACGCAGAGCCAGAAACAGAUCAUCGCACGAGAGUUCAACUUCUCAGAAACCGUCUUUCUUCACGAAACCUCCGAUGCGGAUUCCCCUGUGACAAUAGAUAUCUUCACCCCCACCAGAGAGCUACCCUUUGCUGGACACCCUACUGUGGGAAGCGGGUGGUACUUGCUGUCCCGGAAUCCCACUAGGGAGAGCGUCACUCUCCGAACCAAAGCGGGGAACAUACCCGUUGUGAAAGCAGAUGGAGGCAAAGUGAGAAUAGAGGUUCCGACCGACUUCAAAGUUCACGCAUCGCACCCUCUUCCAGAGUUCAAGGCGCAACAAACACGUCUGUCCGGAUCGGACUACAUCUUUGGCGCCGAUGGAGCGGAGCCUGUAGUGUCCAUAGUCAAAGGAAUGACUUUCUACCUGGUCGAAGUUGCCUCUGAAGAUGCACUUUCCCGCCUUCAGCUAACUUCCCAGCAGUUCGAGUUGUCGGAUUCGCAUCUUGGGGAAUGGCAAGGGUUUGUUGGGCUCUAUGCGUUUUACCAGACCAAGGAUGGUGUAGUACGAACUAGGUUGUUCUCUGACGGCAUAGAAGAUCCUGCAACUGGCUCUGCAGCAUCCACACUUGGCGGAUGGCUCGCUCAAAAACGUGGAGAGGGCAGCCAUCAAAUCAGUAUUGUACAAGGCGUCGAGAUGGGCAGGAGAAGUGAGAUAGAAGUUUCGGUUGACAUCGGGUCUGACAAGAAAAUUCAAAAAAUACAGCUGGCGGGAGGAGCUGUAGAAGUGAUGGAGGGGACGGUCUUUAGCCAGUGA